AUGGGUAGCUUAUUCGAUACUUUGGGAUCCAAGGGCCUGGUUUCUGCCUGCUUGGUUAGCGAAUCACAGACCGCGUUCUCUGUAUGCAGCGCCCCCAAGCCUGUGACUGAAGCUACUGUGUGUAGCCCAUCUGUCUCUCGGUCAAAGCAUCACAACAGAAAGAGGCCCACGCGCGCCUUGUUGGAGCACGUCGAACUUGCCGCAGGCAGGGGCGCCCGAACAAGGGCAAGGACCAGAGCAGAAGCAUCUCGUUCCUUCCCAAGCCGCCAACGGCCCCGUCCUUAUUCAAAUUCCAAAGACGAGUUUCUCCGUUAAUUGAUGCACAGAAAGCUUUCUUGGGAAGGGAUUGAGAAGGAAUUCGGUCAGAGAUUUGCUGGCAGGGAUCGGAAAUCACUCUAAGGGCGCUGUUCGAGAAAUCUGAAGUUUGAAGCC